AUGAGCAAGAGGACUCAUCAAGCAACUCUUAGAGACGUGUUCUCAGAAUAUGGAGAGGUAGUAGAUUCUUUCAUUGUAUAUAGGAACCAGAAGAGGGUAGGCAAAAACAAAACAUUUGCUUUUGUCCGAUUCAAAAGAUGGUUGGACACCGUCCGAGCUGUUGAAAGAGGUGAUAAAAGGAAGUUAGACGGCUUUAUGAUUAGAGUUUUCAUGGAGAAGAAUGUCGAGCGUCAUCACAAUAAUCCAAGAGAUAAGAAACAGAAUGGUACAACUAGGGGGGCAAACGUCUCGUAUGUAUGGAGAAAACGAGAAAGCUUAAAGGAUACCAGAUCCUUUAAGGAAGCACACGCCUAG